AUGUCGUGUCUCGAAGCAAGCGAAAGGGGAAAGAAAAUAAAAGUUGGAUUAAAAAGCAAGAUUUCAAAAUUUACUCAAGAAAUGAGUAAUUGUAGUAUUUUAGAUCUACCGGAAUUAAUACUUCAUCAGAUUUGUACUUUAUUAACUUGUCCAUUCGAUCUGAUAAAUUUAGGAAGCACCUGCCAAAAAUUAUACGAAGUCACCAAUGUUCCUAGUUUAUGGAUUCGAUUAGCAUUUAAUUGGUGCGAAGGAAUUUGGCAAUGGAUAGACGAUGUUCCUUCAGCAGAAAAUGAAAGGACUUGGUUCAUUAACCUCCUUCAUAAUGCUGCAAAGUUACCUCACGAUGCAAAACAUCAUUGUUCUUUAGAAAAUGGAGAAGAGUGGAUUCGAGUCGACAGCAAACGAUUUCGUUCGUACGUCGGGAUGCUUCAAUGGUCUUACGGAGAUCGAGAUGAAUAUCAUCAUCCUGCUAUUUUGUUUCGACGUUGGAUUUACGAUGUAGGUUUGUUUCGGAGAAAAAAUCCUCAGAUUAAUGUUACGAGCAAUGACGAUCUUUCUAAUUCUUCGAGGAAAGCAUUAGCAGCAUUGGGUGGUGGUGCAGCGAGAGAUUUACGCGCUAGAAAAUUUCCAAAUAUAGAUCCAGUUUAUUACGUUCGAUUUCUUAAAAUUGCUCAUUUUGAAAAUCUUUUUCCUUUAGGAUUUAAUGGCUGUCUAUGCCCAUUGAUUAUAGAUAACACAAGCUGCGAAUACAAUAGAGAAACAGCAGGACCAGAAGGGUUGGUCUUAUGCAUUUCCAUCGCAGCUGCUAAUUUGCUUGUAUCUCGUUGUUAUAAUAGAGAAAUUACACUUUCUUAUAUGACUUACAUGAUAAAAAGAAUUUGCCAAACUUUUUAUAAUGUAAUUACUAAAAAGUUACCAGAAAUACAAAAUCAACUUCGAUGUAGUGAAUUGAAAUCGAUUAUUUUAUAUAUUGCAGAUAACGAUGACAAUAUUUUAGAUAUUUGGCAAGAAGAUUUAGACAAACUGAAAGUCGUACUGAAGUGCAAGGACUUGAUUCGGGAUUGUGCCACCAUUUUGAGAAAAUACGAUUGGCUCGAUGCUAUAGUCGAUCAGAUAAAAAGUCGUUGGCGCCAAUGUUUACAAGAAGAAAUUUUUUCUGUCCUCAAUAUUUCUCAUCAAGAAAAAUUAAUACAGAUUAAUCUUACAGAUAGCGAUUUAAUUGGAGGCGACAACAGAAGACAAGAAAUGGCAUCGGCUGCGUUCGUAUCAAAGGACGGAGUGUUGGUGACAUGGCAGUUAACGGGAAGAGGCCGAUAUUAGUAACAUUUUCAUUACUUUUUCAUUUAUUUAUGGAAAAUAUGAAACAUUCGAGAGUCUGAGCGAACAACUUUAACAACGGAUAGAAAUUCUGUCAGCAGAAAAUUAUCUCAAUUUCAUAGUGACUUCCACUUAUUCCUAUUAUGAAAAUGUUUAACUUUAUUAUGUAACAUCAUAUAAGCGUUUUUAUUCUUCUUAUAAUUUUAUUAAAAUCUAU